AUGAAGUCGAUGGUAUUAAGAGAUAAUGGCCGAGUUAUCACGCCGGCUGCGCUGCCCUUCCACAUUCACGCAGUGGCAUUUGCGUCGCUGCGGCCUGGUUGCCUCGGUAGCCAUAUUGACGGGCGAGAUAUCGGAAUUCCCGAUGAUAACAUCCUCCCAUACUGCGGUAGGAAGUCAAGGGUAGCGCCAAUAAAGCAGUCGCCAGCUACAAUUGGGAUCUCAGAAGCAGGUCAUCGGAUCAGGGCGCACUCCAGCACUAGCCUUGACCUGACCACGCCUGACUCAGCAGGGCACAGUGUGCAUCCAUUGCAUCGCGCGUGCGUCACUUUAUCAACGCAAUUACUCCUAUAUUUAGAUGAGGGUACGGAAUUUGAGCGUCGCCCUUGCAUGUGA